GACAGUUUGACGUACAGAUACAAAUAGACGUAAAAAAUAAACAACAAACCAAAACAGAUUUUCUUUGUUUCAUUUUCAAUUCAAAAUGGGUAAAAUAUUCCUGGAUCAUGUUGGGGGAACCCGUUUAUUCUCAUGUGCAGCUUGCGAUGUGAAUCUUACUAAUCGAUCUGAAUUAAUAAGCACUAGAUUUACUGGUGCCACAGGAAGGGCGUUUUUAUUUCACAAAGUAGUGAACCUAGUGUACUCGGAGGUGCAGGACCGCGUGAUGCUGACGGGCCGCCACAUGGUCCGCGACGUGUCUUGCAAGAACUGCGCCACUAAGCUGGGCUGGAUAUACGAGUUCGCUACUGAGGAAAAUCAAAGAUACAAAGAAGGCCGUGUGAUCCUGGAAAGAGCCCAAGUUACUGAGACUGAUGGUAUCAAUGAACUACAGGUCUCCAAUGAUGAUUAAAGAGCUAUAAGUAUAUUAACCACUUUAUCCAGAUUUUUAAUGUCCUUCAUUAUAGUUAUGUAUCUAUGUACUAAAAUUAGAUGAAUAUACUUAAGUAAUUUUUCCAUUCUAUUAACAUUAACAAAUGUUUGGUAGCAGAGUGAUCACUGAUCAAUGUAAUCCUUUUGUUUGUGGUAAAGGUUUGGAUUUUAAUUUAUAAUAGUCCUAAGUCCAUCUUAAUUAAGAAAUAGAAACCUAACAAAAUUUUAAUAAUUUGUUACUUUUUCAAAAUUAUUUAAUCAUAGGUAUCUUUUUUUAAUAAAAUUUUACCAUUAA